AUGUCUCCGCCGGCCGACCAUGUCCCCCAAACGCCCGACCGCCGCUCCUCCACCCAGGCACUCUUCACAGCCUUCCGCUCUCUGACCGGCGGUCGUCUGAAGAGCCCGACGCCGCCGCCCUCUGUCUCGUCUGCCACAAGCACUCCUGCGCGCACUCCCUCGCUGGGCACCGUACGUCCCGGCUCCAUCCCUAGCCCGCACUCAGCCGACGGUACCCUCCAGCGCAUCAGCCAGGUCACAGGCCAGCGGACGGGCAAGCCUGUGACGGGCGGACCGCCCGAACUCGACGACCUCAUCGAGCAGUUGCGCCGGAACCGUCCAUUCGCUGAACGGGCCGUGGCCGUGGACAGGAUAUGCGACAUCCUCGAGGCGUACCCGGUGCAGAACAUACUGGGGCUGUGGUCUGUCGCCAGCGACUUGCUCCUUCCCGAACAGCCAGACGACGUCGCCGAGGUGGGGUACAAGCUUUUGAAGAGCUGCGCGUCCCUGUCCGACUUGGCCAGCAUCGAGCGCACCCUCUUCUUUGACGCUGCCUGUCUGCGCAAGAACGACCGCUUCUUCGACAGGAGACUUGAAGUCAUUACCACCCUCACCAACGAUGGACGCGACAUCGAUUCCUGCGAGUCGGGAAUGGUCUCCUUCAUCCUGACUUCCUUGGACAGCUGCUUUCAGGCCAGUUGCGAUGCCUUCCGUGGCAUGAGGGGUAAAGCCAACGGGAAGAGGAGUGCCGCCAAUCCACCGCCAGAAGUCGCCAACAUGUUCCGAGCAUUCCAGUAUGCCACCGAUAUUUGCAAGUUCAAUGCCAAAGUCUUCACCGACGACGAUCUUGAUCUCCUCAUACGGCGGACAGUUGCCAUCUGCAGGGCUACGACUCAUCGGCCUGAUGUGGAAUGCGGCGUCAAGCUUUUCGACACCAUCAUCACCUAUGUUCAUAUACCGAGGCGAUCACUCCGAAUUUGUCUCGAAGUUUUGUGUGAAAUCCAUAAGAGAAUUACCGAACUUCAAGACCAGGCCUGGAAUACGUUAAGCAAUCUAUUCAAAUCCCACGUUGGUCAAGCCGCCAUAUCAGAACUGCUGCAUUUGCUCUUGGACGGCCCAAGCCGAGAGACCUUGGAAAAUGACGGACUCAAGAGGAAGCUGGAAAGCAUGUACAGAGGCACAACUCUGGUGUUGCGCCUUCUUCUCUUGGAAGAUGGUCGCAACGAGUUGCCCAAAGUGCCCAUGUCCUUGCUUUUCCCAGCUUUGAAAGCUUCGAUCAAGAUACCAGGUACCGAUCAGGAACAGAUUAUCAUUAGUCUGAUAGAUGCGGUUCUGGCUCAAGAAGGCAUGAGGGACCUAUUGCUUGCCGAGAGUGACUUAGGAGACAUGCUACAAGUUAUACGUGUAUGUGCGGAACGUGACGAUGAGCAUGUUUGUGCCAAAACGACUAGAUCAGUAGAUCAUGCGAACGAUACAAAGAAGGAUGUCCUUGAAAGACAGACAUCACCUCAUGGAGACAGUUCGUCCAGUGUUGGUAGGUAUACAUCUCCGCUAUGUCUUACAUCGUACUCACCAAUCGCAGGCAGAGCAGAGCAUGACAACGAUGCUUCUACACUCCACCAGGAACGCUUCCGACGUGACCCAGAUGACGGCAUAUAUCAAGUUUUGGUCAGACUAGACCACAUGAGCGACGCACUCGACUUCAUUCAACGGGAGGCUGUAAUGGAGCUCUUCUUGCAACUUUCGCACCGUAUAAGCGAUGCGACUGCAGAGAAAGUUAUACGGUACUUUGCCACCGGACGCUACCUAAACCCUUCAAAUAGCGGCUGGCUUGACCUUUGCCGCCGUCUGGUCGCUGGUAUCUUCAACGAUGUUACAAGACCGCGCUCACUUCGGUUGUUCGUAAUUCAAUCACUGCGGGAAACGCAUGAUGCUGUCGAGCUGCUGUGUUCAAGCCAGAUAGUAUUGGAGUCAGAAGAGCUCCUUCUUGAUCGAAUUGAGAAGGAAGAGGACAUUGAAGUCUUGCAGGAACUAGUAGACUUUGCGAUGAACGUUGCUGACCAAGCACCAACGGCUCGGUUCUCACACAUUGUUCUCAUCUUACAGCGACGCCUGGACCGCCUACAAACUGCCUCAGCAUCCUCCCUGCCCUCAUGGCAAUCUCAUCCAUUUCUUCUCAAGGAAGAUGGAUGCUCCCCUUGCAACGUCAUCGCUACCGCUUACGUACGGCUCUUCACUCGAAGCGUGACACACUCGGCGCAAAAGACACGCAUCCUUUACGAACUACUACGGCAAAUUGCUGGAGGAGACGCUUAUGCACAUGAUGCGCGUCUUACUGCCCUCAAAUUACUAUUCCGUUUGCGCGCUGAUGCCCGCCACGCUCUGAUAGUCAGCUCCGAUCCAGAAGGCCAGAGAAUUGCUGCUGAGCUCUGCCGCACGGAGGAAACAGCUGUUGCGCCAGAAAGGAUGACUGAGAACCCAGCGGGUGACCAUAGUAGAUCAGAAGACACUUCUUCGUGGCGGGAUCAACGCAAGACUUCUGGUUCGAGUCCUCGUUCUUCCCUCAAUCGACAUACAGGCCGCUCAACUGCUCCGGCGGGUCGUGUUUCGAAACCGAUACCCCCCUUAUGGAUGUAUCCUGGUCCUAAAGGAUUACCUGAGGAACCUCCAUCUGAUUGUAGCCGGGUCGUGUUCUCCCACAUUGACGCGGCAAAGUAUCCCCUUAGUGAUGACAUCUUGGACAUGGAGAUUACGUUGUGGCUCGAGUUGAUCAUCUCACUUCUACAAAGACCACCCGAUUGGGAGAUCUAUAGUUACGUACUCGUCCAUCUUGGACCUCAACUCUCGAACCAAGCGCUAGUCCGCAGUUGCGUUGCUCAGCUCAAAAUGCUGCGUAAUGUUCUUUGUGAACAGGUGCGGAAUGCGAGCUUCCACGAACCUCCGCCGCACACGCUCCUAAAAAAGGCUGAUGUUGCUGUGUGUCUGUUUCACAUACUGACUAUCAUCAUCAGCUAUCAUGAGUAUUUUGAAAAGAGCGAAGAAGACGAUCUUGUCAAGGCAUUCCUGCAGGGAAUCGUGCAAUGGGACAGAACUUCUAAAUGGUGCAUUCACGCGCUAUCGGUCUGCUGUUUCGAAAUCCCCCUCUCGGUCAGCAAGUCACUUGAUAGUAUCAUUCAGAAAAUGUCGCAAAUCAUUACCAAGCCGGCCACGGCGAUACACAUCUUGGAGUUCCUCACGUCGUUGGCACGUCUUCCAGAGCUCUUCAAGAAUUUUCGCGAAGACGAGUUCAAGUUGGUUUUUGGUGUGUGCUUCCGAUACCUACAACACAUACGCGACCAGCGUGACCGAACGGUGAAUGGGCAUUCGUUACAAAGUGGGCACCGGACCCUGCGGCAUAGCGGUGCAUCACGAGACUUUGCGGCAUCGUCAGACUCUAGUGCAAACAAGCCAAGAAGCGUCGAAGACGAUCUACCCCAGUACCUGUAUUCACUCGCGUAUCACGUCAUUACCUUCUGGUUCAUGGCGUUGAAGAUGGAGGAUCGCCCGAAGCAGAUACCAUGGAUCACAAAGAACUUAUACUACACCGAUAGCUCUGGAAGGCAAGUCAUGGAAGAGCAGGGACAGGUCAUUUUGGACAUUAUGAAUAUGGUGGCAUAUACAGAUCGCGAUGAGACGACACGAGAGGAGAGCUCUUUCAAACCUGGCGAUGGUGAGGUCUGGAAGAAGACCUGGAUCGUGGGUAACGCUCUUAUAACAAUAGAGACUGCGGCAAGGACAGGUGCUUCCGUUGUCACGACCCGUCGACCAUGCGGUACUCGCUUUAUUAAAGUGCGGCCCUUGAUUACCUCGCCACCCCGACAUCAGGUGCCAAUCACUAUCGGCCUUGCUUCCGAAGCGUUUUACUCCAACACUUAUGUCGGCAUUCUGCCGGACGAUAUCUUCCAAUCUUUCUACGCGCCUCUCGAUCUCAGCAAUCCACCUAUCCCUCUGCCCGAUGACGAGCCGACACGCCGUGCCAUUACUACAUUCGACCGAAUCGCAACGGUAGACAAUUACAAGGUGGGUGUUAUAUACAUCGGCGAAGGCCAGACGAACGAGAGGGACAUCUUCAUGAACGACAUGGGGUCUCCGGCGUAUACCGCAUUCCUCAGUGACUUGGGCACCUUGUGCCGUCUGAAGGGUGCAAAGUUCAAUACCGGUGGUCUCGACACACGCGAAGAUAUUGACGGCGAGUUUACUUACUGUUGGCGCGACCGCUGCAUGGAGCUCGUCUUCCAUAUUCCUACAAUGAUGCCAACCAACCGCGAUGAUGACAUGACAUAUCCAAACAAGAAGCGACAUAUUGGAAACGACUUUGUCAACAUUAUUUUCAAUGACUCUGGGUUACCUUACGACUUCAACACAUUCCCGUCCGCCUUCAACUACGUACACAUUGUCAUUUCCCCGGAGUCAAGGGCCAGCUUCGUCGACCGUCGACUAGACGCGGACCCUGACGGCAGGAAUCGCUACUACAAGAUCCAAACCAUCUCAAAGUCAGGUUUCCCCGACAUAUCGCCUGCGGUAGAGACCAAGAUUCUGUGUGGGAAGUACCUUGCUGAUUACUGCCGCCUUAUUGCCAUCAAUGCAGUCGUCUUCUCGAGUGUGUGGUACAUUCGCGAAGGUGGCGAGUCCAUAUCAUCCUGGCGUAACCGACUUCGCGAGAUCAAGCGCCUGCGAGAGCGCUACGGCGCAAACGAUGCCCUACCAAGCCACCCACCACCUUCUUCACCAGCGGGAAGUCAGGGAUUGUCGAGUCCGCCGUCACGCGAACAAAAUCUCGUCACACCUUUCCAGCGCAUGAGUAUCGCGACGCACAUUACCGAUGGUACUAGUCGCAGUUCCAUUAGCAGCUCUUCACACGAUGUUUGA